CGCUGUCCUCUUGGUAAAAACUAAAAAACGGUUUCUCCUCUCUCACUUUGCUCUCCUACGAAGAAAAAUCGAUCCUCCGUCGCUCUAAAAUCUCUUUAAUCGUAUCUACAAAUAGAGAUAAACAGCUAUAGAGAUAUAGAAAUAGUCAAAUUUGCAGAUCACUUGUCAACAAUUGAACGGGGAUAGAGCAUUGGACCUGUGAUGCAAACCGAGACAUCUAGUCCGCGAGUUUCAAAGUGAGCUUUCUUUUUAUUUGUGCAAAUAUCGGAGUCUGAAAUCAAAAUUUUGGUUUGGCAUUAGAAGUUUAAGUUUUUGUUCUAUACAAUAUGGUGAGAAUGUGGUUUGAAAGGGUAUCUAGAGUGGCAGGGGGUGUGUAUUAUUUGGUAUACAUAGAAUAGGCAGAAGCUAUCAAGUUUUCAAUCCCCAAGAUUUUUUUUUUCACUCUGGGAUCAAAUCAGCGGCUAGCUUGUGUUUUCUGGAUUUGCUAUUGGCUGGAGAUGUCAAGCUACAUUGGUGUUCUCGUCUCUGAUCAGUGGCUUCAAAGCCAGUUCACGCAGUUUGAGUUACGCAGUCUCAACUCCAAGUUUUUAUCAAUAAAGAGCCAACAUGGAAAAGUUACAGUUGAUGAUUUGCCUCCUUUGAUGGAAAAGUUGAAGGCUUUUAGUUCAAUGUUCACUGAAGAUGAGAUUAGGAGUUUCUUGAAUGAGACAUAUUCUGACAUGAGCACUGAGAUUGAUUUUGAAGGCUUUCUCAAGAUAUAUUUAAAUUUGCAAGGUCGAGCUGCAGAAAAAAAGGGGGGUUCAAAAAACUCUUCAUCAUUCCUCAAGGCUGCCACAACCACUCUUCUUCACACAAUCAGUGGAUCAGAGAAAGCAUCUUAUGUUGCUCAUAUAAACAGCUAUCUUAGGGAUGAUCCAUUUCUGAAGCAGUUUCUUCCCUUAGAUCCGGCUACGAAUGAUCUGUUUGAUCUUGUUAAAGAUGGAGUUCUUCUAUGCAAACUUAUAAAUGUUGCUGUGCCGGGGACAAUAGAUGAAAGAGCCAUCAAUGUGAAACGAGUUAUUAAUCUAUGGGAGAGGAAUGAGAAUCAUACCCUGUGUCUAAACUCUGCUAAGGCUAUUGGAUGCACAGUGGUUAACAUUGGGACACAGGACUUGGUGGAAGGAAGACCUUAUCUGGUGCUUGGGUUGAUUUCUCAAAUUAUAAAGAUUCAAUUGUUAGCAGAUCUCAACCUUAGGAAGACACCUCAGCUUGUGGAAUUGGUGGAAGACAGCAAUGAUGUUGAAGAGCUUAUAGGAUUGGCUCCUGAGAAGAUCUUACUAAAGUGGAUGAAUUUCCAUCUCAAGAAAGCAGGCUACAAGAAAUCUGUUACAAACUUUUCUUCUGAUUUGAAGGAUGGAGAGGCUUAUGCUUACCUGCUUAAUGUUCUUGCUCCAGAACACCGUAGUCCAGCUACAUUGGACGCCAAAGAUCCAACUGAGAGGGCCAAAUUGGUACUAGACCAUGCGGAGAAAAUGGAUUGCAAGCGAUAUUUGUCUCCGAAAGACAUUGUUGAGGGUUCAACAAAUUUGAAUCUUGCUUUUGUGGCUCAAAUAUUUCAUGAAAGGAGUGGCCUCUCCACAGACUCCAAAAAGACGUCUUUUGCAGAGAUGAUGACAGAUGAUGUACAAACGUCUAGAGAAGAGAGAUGCUAUCGGCUAUGGAUCAACACUCUUGGGAUUGCUACCUAUGUUAAUAAUGUAUUUGAGGACGUUAGAAAUGGGUGGAUACUUUUAGAAGUGCUUGACAAAGUUUCUCCUGGAUCAGUUAACUGGAAGCAUGCAUCGAAGCCUCCAAUUAAGAUGCCAUUUAGGAAAGUUGAGAAUUGCAAUCAAGUAAUAAAGAUUGGGAAGGAACUUAAAUUUUCCCUUGUUAAUGUAGCAGGAAAUGAUAUAGUCCAAGGGAAUAAGAAGCUCAUACUUGCUUUCUUAUGGCAGUUGAUGAGAUUCACUAUGCUUCAACUCUUGAAGAACUUGAGAUCGCGUUCCCAAGGGAGGGAGAUAACUGAUUCAUACAUCCUAAAAUGGGCAAACCACAAAGUGAAAAGUACUGGGAGAACUUCUCAAAUGCAGAGCUUCAAGGAUAAGAGCCUAUCAAGUGGGAUUUUCUUCCUUGAGCUUCUUAGCGCAGUAGAACCAAGGGUGGUAAAUUGGAACCUUGUUACCAAGGGUGAAAGCGCCGAAGAAAAGAGGUUGAAUGCUACAUAUAUAAUAAGUGUUGCACGGAAGCUUGGGUGUUCGAUUUUCUUGUUGCCAGAGGAUAUCAUGGAGGUAAAUCAGAAGAUGAUCCUCAUCCUAACUGCCAGUGUAAUGUACUGGCGCCUGCAACAACAGGUUGAAGAGGGAGACUCAUCGCCAUUUCCAUCCCCCGUCAAUGGCACAACCUGUACUACUCCUGAUGCAUCCCCUGCACCAUCCAUUAGUGGCGAAGACGACACUUGUUCUUCUCUGGGUGGUGAAGUCUCAAUCUCAACUAUGGAUGAUACUGCUUCUGAUACUACAGUCUCCUCUCAGGUCGAGCCUGAUGAACAUCCCGACAGAGAAUGAACCACGAAAUGAAUACAAAAGAUGUCCGAAUAUGAUACAUGUGUGUAGUCACAUUACAGCGAGAAACAAUUGUCAAAGAAAGGAAGGAAAAUAAACAACUGAAAGGAAAAAAGACACGGUAGAAGGAAGAGAGAAGGAAAAAGGAUUUUGUAGAGUAUGUGGAGAGAGACCAAGAGAACUUGUUGGUUUAAAUAAAUGUGUGCCUCACUUUCUAUAGGUGGCUGCAGCUUGUACUGUUUAAGACAUGUUUUUUGACAAUAAUGUGCAUCAUAUACAAAGUUGAUCAUGCCA